GUAUAUAAAGUAGACAACUUUUCGGUCUGUACGGCACGGCGGCUCCUUUUAUAAUUUCUCUCUGGUGAAUUUGAGGUGAGAAAUUAGGGUUUUUACUAAUCGGAAGAUGUUGGAGGUGGUGUUGAACGAUCGGUUGGGGAAGAAGGUGAGAGUGAAGUGUAAUGAUGACGACACCAUUGGCGAUCUGAAAAAACUGGUGGCGGCGCAGACCGGUACCAGAGCUGAGAAGAUAAGGAUACAGAAGUGGUACACCAUUUACAAGGACCAUAUAACUCUGAGGGACUAUGAGAUCCAUGAUGGCAUGGGUCUUGAGCUCUAUUACAGCUAAAAGGUUUUUUACUCUUGUAAAUGCAUUGGGAAUUCUGGAGCAUACCAGAAGAUGCCUGCUGUUAUAUUUUACUUUCCACCGGGCAAUAGAUGCCAAUUCAGUAUGAAAGGAUUUUAUUUAUGUACGUGUGAAGACUGUUAUGUUUGGUAAUUACCUAAUUUGCCAAUUACACUCCUUCAGUAUAUGUAAUUGCUUGAUAAAGUCUGUAAUUGAAAUGUUGGCAUUUGUGUAAUGAAAUUAAAAUUAUCCCACUAAA